AUUCAUUACAUCACUACUCUGCUUAUGGGGGUAAACCGCGCGCCUAUUAUGAGAUAUCACAAAAAAUGUAAACAUUCAUGUAAACACGAAAUAUUAUCUAUAAUAGUGGCUGACGUUAGUUAACCUUGCACACCCAAAAAAAAAUUAAUAUUCGUUGAGGCCAACCGCCGACCAUAACCAAUGAUCAGACCGGUGAAGUGACUAGUGAGGAACUCAUUUACUUAAUAGUACAACGCGACGCCGACAUUAAAAGUCUCAUAGUAUGGCUGAACGUCUAGAUCUUCUCCUAUUUGGAGCAACAGGGGUCACAGGUCUACAUGCUAUUCGAUACCUUCACAAAUUUUCGAAAGAAAAAAAGUUAACCUGGGGUAUUUCUGGACGCUCGGAGACAAAACUUAAAGCAGUUUUAAAGAAUGAAGGUUUACGGAUGGGUGAAGAUUUAUCCAAAAUCCCAAUCGUACUUGCCGAUACAAAAGAUCAGAAAUCUUUAAAUGAAAUGGCUAAAAAAGCAAAAGUUUUGCUGAAUUGUUGUGGACCAUACAGACUGUUGGGCUUUCCGGUAGUAGAAGCUUGUAUUAAAGCUGGGACUCACCAUUUAGAUGUAAGUGGUGAACCCAGUUAUAUAGAUUCACUUCCAGAAAAGUACGAUGCUGCUGCAAAAGAAAAAGGAAUUUAUAUCGUCAGUGCGUGUGGUGUCGACUGUGUUCCCACGGAUUUGGGUUCGGCAUAUCUGCAGCAAAAAUUUGAUGGCGUAUUGAAUUCAGUGGUUGCCUACGUGGAACUAUGGACUGAAGGUAAAAGUAGCGGAUCCGUUGGCGGUUAUGGGACUUGGCAAAGCCUUGUUUAUGAAUUCCAGACAAUGGGUUCAUUAAGUAAACUAAAAGCAAAGCUGAUUCCACCUUCAGACUCUGCGUUUAAACCAACGUUGCCAGUUAAGAUCCGUCCAUUCUAUUCGGAGGUAACUAAGGGUUGGGUGAUGCCCUUUGCAGGACACGAUAGAAAGAUAAUGCAAGAGACUCAAAAGUAUUUCUAUGAAAAAGAAUCGCAAAGACCAAUUAAUGGUCAAGUACUGAUGUCCGUUACGAGUAUCUUUACAUUGAUUUAUAUUAAUAUUGUAUUGUUAACGCUAUUUGCUUUAGCUCAAUUUUCCUUCACAAGAAAUUGGUUGAUAGAAUAUCCCCAAAUCUUUUCUUUUGGCUACGUCAAAAAAGAAGAGCAUCCUUCUGAAGAAGUCAAAGCAGGCGGUCGCUAUCGUCUAACAUUGUAUGGAGAAGGAUGGAAAGAGAAGCUGGCAAAUGUAAACGAUCAGUACGCUAUGCCACCUAACAGGAGCAUUUUAGCUCAAUUACAAUUUGAAAAUUUCUACACUUUUACUGUUCUCGGAUUAAUGUGUGCCGGUAUCGCUAUUUUGAACGAAAAAGACAAAUUGCCGAAAAGUGGUGGUGUAUAUAGUGCAGGAGCAGCUUUUGGGAAAACGUCUCUUAUGAAAAUGUUGAUAGAGAAUGGAACUUCAUUCGAAAUAAAAAGUGUUAAAGACAUAUAAUAAAUUUAAAUAAAAUAUAAAUACACAUCCGUAACAACUC